AUCCAUCUACUACUCUACUACUUACUGCUGUAUCUCUCUCUACCACAAUGGUGAGCCACAAACAGCAAAAACACUUAUCCAACUCACAUAGUGCUCAAUCCACACUCAACCCUAGUGGUGAUGGCAAGCACAAUUCCACCUCAUCUACCUCUAGCAAGUCCUUGGAUGCACAUGCACAAGAACUUCGAGUCCGAUAUUCUACUGAAGCAAAGAGUCUUAAAGACAUCUUUUCAUCAUGGGCAGAAGUCGACUUGCUAUACAUUCUUGAGGAAGUUCAAGGCGACUUUGACCUGGCAGUGUCCAGGAUUACUGAAGGCCAUGCCGAACAAUGGGGUGAAGUCAAGUCUUCCAAGAAAAAGGACAAACCUGCUGCAUUCACUGCUCCUGCUUCGGCUUCACACUCUGGUAAAUCGCGCUUCACGACUGACCAAUUUAGUUCUGACGAUCGGUCUACUGCCUUCCAUAGUCGUGGACCUUCAAAACCUACUGGUGACGAUACUGAGGGUCAAAAUUUGAGAGGUAGCUCAGCUUUUCGCGGUGGUCGCGGAGGUGGUCGUGGUGGUCGCGGCGGAAGUCGUGGUGGACGUGGUGGAGGCCGAGGUGGCAGCACUCGUUCAGGUGGCGAUCGGUUUUCAUCGAUGCCAGUCCAAUCAGAAGGUGGAGCUGCUGCCAAUGCCUGGGGCUCAACAGAUGAAAAUGUACGAUCAUUUCCGCCAGAAUCUGCACCCGAAUCUAGUGGGGAAUGUGAUACUGAAACAACCGAAGUCAAUGCAUGGGCUCCGGCUGCAACUGGAAAGACUCGACCUGCGUCAUCACUUGCUUCCACAACUGCUGCAAAACAACAAUCUGCUUCAGCUACAAAGGCACUUGCUUCUACUUCAGCAAAGUCAGUACAAUCAAAGACUUCCUGGGCUCAAUUAGUUCGAGGUCCUGAUCCAGUUGUUGUUCCUGUAUCUAAGCCAGUCGAAUCUCAUGUACCUGCUCCAGUUCCUUCAGAAAAAUUGCCCAGCAAGCAAAAGGCUGCAGCCUUCACAUCCAAAAAAGAUGCUUCUCCUGCAAGAUCUGUCACAGCAACAUCGGCUAUUGCAUCUGUAGUCGCUUCGGCUGCUGUCUCAGUGCACAGUUCUCCUGUUGCAAAGCAAGUAGUCAGUCCUAUGCCAGAACCAAAAGCUACUACUGCCACCGCUGUCAAUACUUUAGAUGCGUGUAGAUCUCCUGCAGCUCCAGUCGAAACUGCUUUGGCUUUAGAACAGUCAGCGCCGACCCAAAUAGCUGAUACGACUACCCAUUCCACUGCUCCACCUCUCGGACUUCGUCAACAACACGCUCCUCGUGCUCAAGCUCCUCGUAAACUCAAACAAGACCAAGCAGUUGUUAUGCCGUCUAAUGCUCAGCUUGGGUCCAUUGGAGUUCAAUUUGGAUCACUUCGUGUUGGCAAUGUUGAACCGGAAUCGGCUUUAGCUACGACCACUACUACUACUUUUGGCACUGCCGGUUUAUCUGGAUCUGAUAAACAACAAUCGCAUUCAUCUCCAAAAUAUCAACACCAAUCUGCUUCUGCCCGUAUUUCCAAUGCCGCAUCACCAACUGCUCCUGUUGCUGCCUCUGUGGCCACUACUGCUCCCACUUCGUUUUCCAGACAUCAUCAACAGCAGUCAGAUGCUGACCAUGCUGUUUCGGCUGCUGGACUACAUCAACAACCACACCAACACGUCAGUGCAGGUGCUCCAGGCCUUCCUGGAAUGAUGGCAUAUGGGUCUUACUUUCCAUCUCAGCAUGCUAAUGCAUUUGGUCAUCCCGGAGCCAUGCCCACUGACUAUAACACUCCAUAUGUAUCUGAUCCUGCUCGUGCUGCAUCAAUGGGUCACUUUGGACACGCUGAUCCAGGAGUCUAUGCACAUGGUAUUGCUACCGCAAAGUAUCAAUCCGAGGCACCUGUUCCAUCUUCUCAAGUAACUCCACAGCAACAGCACUUGGCUAUGCCGCACCAACAAACCACUCUUGCCGGACCUCAGACUACUAUGCCAACCUCACAACCCACCUCACACCAGCAUCAUUUACAGCAGCAGCAGUUAUUGCAGCAGCAACAGGCGCAAAAUGCGUACUAUUUUCAAAACUAUCCUUUCCCUGCUUACUACAUGCAAAAUCAGUAUACAGGUGGAUACCAAAAUCAUAACCCAUUGUAUUCUCAGCCAUAUGCUGGAAAGAAUCAUUAUCCUGGAUAUGUUCAGCCAACUCCAGCUUCUUCUGCUCAAAGUGCUGCUAACGGCGUGCCUGUUCCUGCAAGUGGACAAGCUGGAAAAAAUACUAGCAAUGCUCCAGCUGGUCUUACCGGAGGUCUUUCAGGUGGAGCAGGUCCUACAGCACCCAAUGCUGGUGGUGCUCCAGGAUCUGUAUCUGGGGGCAGCUAUCCUUACCAAUCGGGUCAUCCCAACUAUUACCAAUAUGACGAUCUUUCCGGUGGUCUAAGCAACAUGCAACAAAUGGACUAUGGAAAGGGUGUCAAUGGUUAUGGCACUGCUCCUCCCAAUUUUGGAGGAUUUGCACCCAACUCUCUUGGAUCUGGUGGCAAGUCAAAUGAGUACAAAUCUCAGAAUCGUCAGUCUCGUCAGGGUUACGAUGGCCAAAAAUACUCGCAACAGCAGUCUCAGCAGCAGCAGCAAAAUUCUCCAAAUACUUCAAACCUACCACUUCAAGGCUCAACCUCUGUCAAUGGUAGUCAUGCUCAAUCUGGCGGAAAUAGCGGAAAUCCUCAAGCAUCUCAAAUGCACAAUGCGCCUGCUUACUACAACCAGCAGCAACAAUAUCAAGGUGGUCCUCAUCCGGGCUACCAACCACAUAUGAUGCAUCAUCAGCAACAGCAGCAGUAUGCUGGAACUGGUGGUUAUGGAUCUGGUGGUGCUGGACAACAACGCCAAGGCUAUUGGCCUGGUCAACACUAAUUAUAGUAAUUUUGUCGUUUAUGUUGAAU